AUGUCCGCCACCGCCCCUACCCAAUCCGGAGCCGCCACCUGUCCUGGCCGCCGUCCCCGCCGCUGCGGCCCGCCGGGCCCAGGCGCGGCCCGCCCAGGCCCGCGCGGCCGCCCGUCCGCCUCGCCGCGCCCCCGCGCGUCCCCGCUCGCCGGCGUCUCCGAGGGCCGCCGCUCGCCGGCCGCCUCGACCCCGCUGCCGAUCGCCCCGGGCCCCGCCUCCUCCGCCGGCCUCCGUCCCGCGCCCACGCCUCCUCACUUCUCCGCCUCGCCUCGGCCUUCGCCGCCCGACGCCGCCCCGACCUCCUCCAGCCGGCGCCGCCCGGCGCUCGCUCGCGUGCCGUCGAGGUCCCCGCCGCGCUGCCCGACCUUCCCGCCGCCGGCGCCCUCCUCUUCUUCGAGCUCGAGCUUCUUCCUCCUCCCGCCGACGGACACGUCCACCCUCGCGCCCGGACAUGUCCGCCACCGCCCCUACCCAAUCCGGAGCCGCCACCUGUCCUGGCCGCCGUCCCCGCCGCUGCGGCCCGCCGGGCCCAGGCGCGGCCCGCCCAGGCCCGCGCGGCCGCCCGUCCGCCUCGCCGCGCCCCCGCGCGUCCCCGCUCGCCGGCGUCUCCGAGGGCCGCCGCUCGCCGGCCGCCUCGACCCCGCUGCCGAUCGCCCCGGGCCCCGCCUCCUCCGCCGGCCUCCGUCCCGCGCCCACGCCUCCUCACUUCUCCGCCUCGCCUCGGCCUUCGCCGCCCGGCGCCGCCCCGACCUCCUCCAGCCGGCGCCGCCCGGCGCUCGCUCGCGUGCCGUCGAGGUCCCCGCCGCGCUGCCCGACCUUCCCGCCUCCGGCGCCCUCCUCUUCUUCGAGCUCGAGGUCAAGCCGCGCCGGAUCCCGAUCGGGUCAACACCACGGUUGACUUCUCCCCCCCUCUCAAAUUUGCUAAGUCCCUAA